AUGACAUACAUACCAACGACUCCAUCCACAUCUUAUACUCCAACAUCAUCAUCAUCAUCAUCGUCAUCACCUACAUAUUCCUUUUCCCCUUCGAAGACUUAUACAUCUUCCCCCAUUCGACAUUCUCCUUUAUCUCAACCACCUAUAUUAGCCAGUGCAAGAACUCCUUCGCCAAGUCAUAAUCAUAGACAUCGCUAUGGACAUGAUGACAUAUCACACCCUAUACCCACGCCCUCUCCCACUUCAAAUAGGAGAUUAUCAUCAAGAUACAGUCGACAAGAAUCCUUAUCACCUUUAGAUCAAUCGUCAUUAAACUCCCCCGCGUCCUCACCUACCAGAUUAAAGCGCAAUCCCCCCUCAUCUCCUCAACCCACUGGUGAUGAAACACCUUCACCACCCCUAUCUCGCUCACAUCCAUUACUCGGGUCAUAUCAUCUUUCUUUAUUACAUUCAAGGAUGUCACACGCACAUCAACCCCAUUCACUCAUUUCAGGAUUUUCUUUACAUAUAAAAGGAAUUGGUAAAGGCAAAAACUGUUUAAAAGAAUUACGUUGUCCAAGUCAUAUUGAAAUACCUUUUUCUGCUACUUACUAUGAUUUAGAUAAUCCCGAAUCAUCACCUACAUCAUCUCCUUCAUCACAUUCAAGUAGUAAUUCAAGUAAAUCUCCUUGGACAGGUAAUAUCGAUCUUGAACAAUAUUACUUUACCACUUUCUCCCCACAUUCACACGACCCAAUUGAGACAGAAACUGUCUCCCCACCUUCUUUUCCUGGAUAUAGGAUAGCUCCUCUUGGCCAAUUACAAAUUCUAAUCAGAACGGAACAAUCACCCAUCAAGGUAUUUUUGAUACCGUACGAUUUGAGAAAGAUACCUCUAGGAGGUAGAUUAUUGGUCAGAGAGAAGACAUAUCGUCUUGGUGGUCGAAACGAUCACAGGAUAUUGAAAUAUGCUAUACAACUUCAAUUCGUUUGUAUACCUUCUCACACUCUUCACACUUCUCACGACUCACUUACUACUCGUCAACAAAGGGUCAAUGAAGCAUUCAACGGAGAUCAGCACGGUCCUCCCUCUGGGUCAGGAGAGAAAGCAUAUUACGUUUCCAAGAUGAUGAAAGUUGUAUUCGUAUCUACUCCCCCUCAUUCCACAGAAAUCAUGGACGUGGAACGUACGGAUGAAAUCAUCGAACCGCCUUCCAUCGCCCCGGAGGACUUGUCGCUGAGAACGAAGAAAGCAAGGAAAGGAAGUUUCGCUUUCUCACCUGGAUCAUUAGGUAAAAGAAGUGAAGAAUGGGCAAUGGUCAGAAACAAAUGGAUCGCCAAAGAGAGCAUGAGAAAUAUACAUCAAGAAGAAUCAGGAUCAGAGUCUGAUCAACAAAAAAGGAGUGAUAGUACCUCUUCUAAGAGAGAUUCAGAUCUUUUGGUGAUCGUGAAACCAAAGAUGGAUCGUCGACCAUCACUCUUGACUACCACAUUACCUUCAUCUACCUCAGCCCAGUCAAUAAACGCAGGUACAAAUACAGCCACCGGCUUAUCGCCUGUAUCUAUAUUAUCACCUUUGCCUGUUCGACCAGGAACAUUAUCGCGGUCAAGACCUUCCACGCCGACUUCACCCAGACCAAUCUCACCUGGACCGCCGUUGAUCUGGAGUCCAACGAGUCAGAGACGAAUGAGACGAGAGGAUGGUCUGGAGGAGGUUGAACUGAGUGAGAGAUUGAGGAAAAUGCAUGUUGGAAAGGGGAGUGAGUGA